AAGGAGGAGAGACGCAGGGCCCAGGGCACCCUCCAGGGCGGACCCAGGCAUAGAGGGCCUGCAGCAGGCUGGCCAGGGCAGCUGCGUGGCGGCGGGCGCGGCGGGGACCUGCGUGAGGAAGCCCCGAGCCCUCGGCGGGCUGCGAGCGACUCCCCGGCGAUGCCUCACAACUCCAUCAGAUCCGGCCACGGAGGGCUGAACCAGCUAGGAGGGGCCUUUGUGAACGGCAGACCCCUGCCCGAAGUGGUGCGUCAGCGCAUCGUGGACCUGGCCCACCAGGGCGUGAGGCCCUGUGACAUCUCCCGCCAGCUCCGAGUCAGCCAUGGCUGUGUCAGCAAGAUCCUCGGCAGGUACUACGAGACUGGCAGCAUCCGGCCUGGAGUGAUAGGGGGCUCCAAGCCCAAGGUGGCCACUCCCAAGGUGGUAGAGAAGAUUGGAGACUACAAGCGGCAGAACCCUACCAUGUUUGCCUGGGAGAUCCGAGACCGGCUCCUGGCCGAGGGUGUCUGUGACAAUGACACUGUGCCCAGUGUCAGCUCCAUCAACAGGAUCAUCCGGACCAAAGUGCAGCAGCCAUUCAACCUCCCCAUGGACAGCUGCGUGGCCACCAAGUCUCUGAGCCCAGGACACACAUUGAUCCCCAGCUCAGCUGUAACACCCCCAGAAUCGCCCCAGUCAGACUCCCUGGGCUCCACCUACUCCAUCAACGGGCUCCUGGGGAUUGCUCAGCCUGGCAGCGACAGCAAGAGGAAAAUGGACGACAGUGACCAGGACAGCUGCCGGCUGAGCAUCGACUCCCAGAGCAGCAGCAGCGGGCCCCGUAAGCACCUUCGCACGGAUGCCUUCAGCCAGCACCACCUUGAGCCACUCGAGUGCCCAUUCGAGCGGCAGCACUACCCAGAGGCCUACACCUCCCCCAGCCACACCAAAGGAGAGCAGGGCCUCUACCCGCUGCCCUUGCUCAACAGCGCCCUGGACGACGGCAAGGCCACCCUGACCCCUUCCAAUACACCCUUGGGGCGCAACCUCUCGACUCAUCAGACCUACCCAGUGGUGGCAGAUCCUCAUUCACCCUUCGCCAUAAAGCAGGAAACCCCCGAGGUGUCCAGUUCUAGCUCCACCCCUUCCUCUUUAUCUAGCUCCGCCUUUUUGGAUCUGCAGCAAGUCGGCUCCGGGGUCCCAGCCGGUGCCUCGGUCCCGCCCUUCAAUGCCUUUCCCCAUGCUGCCUCCGUGUACGGGCAGUUCACGGGCCAGGCCCUCCUCUCAGGAAGAGAGAUGGUGGGGCCCACGCUGCCCGGAUACCCACCCCACAUCCCCACCAGCGGACAGGGCAGCUAUGCCUCUUCUGCCAUCGCAGGCAUGGUGGCAGGAAGUGAAUACUCUGGCAAUGCCUACGGCCACACCCCCUACUCCUCCUACGGCGAGGCCUGGCGCUUCCCCAACUCCAGCUUGCUGACGGGCUGAGGGCCCAGUGGAAUCAACCAGAAGCUCCACCUGGUGGUCAAGGGCCCGUCUUUUGCCUGCUGCUGAGAAUGCGGGAGCACACCCUGGGGUUCUCCUGCAAAACCCCUUGGAUCAUUCCUUGUCAUCCAGCCCGGCCUAUCACAGCUUGAGACAGACAUUCCUGGAGGGCCCCCAUCCUGGGGAAUGAGCUGCGGCCCUGCCCAACCCAGAAUGAGGCAGAAUUGCCGGGCGCUUCCCUCUCCGACAGUCCCUGCCAAGCCAGGUAUGCAGCCUGCAGCCCAAGCCCACAGCAACGGAAAAGACCCUGAGGCGACCCCCAAGCCAACAAUGGAGGUUCCUCUUCUGCCCCCCCACCCCCACAAGCCCUUGUCCCCAAAGCCUGACUGUAAAUACUGUAAAUGAAGCUCUGUUUGGGUCAAGCUUCCCUCAUUCCACCCCUGGACUUUGGCCUCUCAGUGAAUUGUCUCCCUGCCAUGUUGGGCUUUCUCUCCUUGAUGCUUCUUUCUUUUUUUAAAGACAACCCACCAUGACCCCAUAACGCAAUAAACCAUUACUCUUCGUCUCAG